AUGGCGCACUCCCCUGUGCAGGCUUCCAUACCAGGGAUGCAGAAUUUAAAGGCUGAUCCUGAGGAGCUAUUUACAAAGAUGGAGAGGAUUGGCAAGGGCUCCUUUGGAGAAGUCUUUAAAGGCAUUGACAAUCGAACUCAGAAAGUUGUGGCUAUUAAAAUCAUUGAUCUGGAAGAAGCAGAAGAUGAAAUUGAGGAUAUUCAACAGGAAAUUACAGUUCUCAGUCAGUGCGACAGCCCCUUCAUCACCAAGUAUUAUGGAUCUUAUUUAAAGGGGACAAAGUUAUGGAUUAUUAUGGAGUAUUUGGGAGGAGGAUCAGCUCUGGACUUGUUGGAACCAGGACCUCUUGACGAGGCACAGAUCGCAACCAUUCUGAGGGAGAUCCUGAAGGGGCUGGAGUACCUGCACUCUGAAAAGAAGAUUCACAGAGAUAUUAAAGCGGCCAAUGUACUGUUAUCUGAACAAGGAGAGGUGAAGCUGGCUGACUUCGGCGUCGCGGGUCAGCUCACGGACACUCAGAUAAAGAGGAACACCUUUGUGGGCACUCCCUUCUGGAUGGCACCUGAAGUCAUUAAACAAUCUGCAUAUGACUCAAAGGCUGAUAUCUGGUCUUUAGGAAUCACUGCAAUUGAGCUGGCUAAAGGAGAGCCGCCACACUCCGAACUUCACCCCAUGAAGGUUCUCUUCCUGAUCCCAAAGAACAAUCCUCCCACACUGGAAGGAAACUACACAAAGCCUCUAAAAGAAUUCAUAGAUGGCUGUUUAAACAAGGAACCCAGCUUUAGGCCGACAGCCAAAGAACUGCUAAAGCACAAGUUUAUUGUAAGGCAUUCCAAAAAGACGUCCUAUCUGACAGAGCUGAUCGACCGAUACAAGAGGUGGAAGGCGGAACAGUCUCGAGACGAGUCCAGCUCUGACGAGGAAGCAGACACUGGGGACCCUAGGAAUGAAGACCAAGACGACUGGUUUUGGGGCACAAUCAGUCCUGGCCGUGCUCCAAAUGGAGACGGACCGCCGCCGCCAUCUGAGGCUGAAGAGAGCCAGGUCCCAGAGGAUCCACCAGUGCCUCUGUCCCAGAGUUUAGAAGAUAUCUUCACUCCACUUUUUUCAGAGUUGAAACAAAAAGGUGAGACGAGCAAUGGCAAACCCGAAGUUGCAGAGAAGCUGCGAGAGGCUCUGUUUGUGGCGGAGGAGACGCACCCUGGCAUCUGCGACUCGCUGAUCGUGGAGUUGGUGCAAAGGCUGCAGAGAUUUUCAGUUCUUCAGACUUCACCCACACACUAG